CCCGCACCCUCCCUGAUACAACUACGCAGAUCUCACCACAAUUAUCAGAACACAAUAUCAGAACACUUGCCAAUACCAAACCCGGACAUUCGCUUUUUAAGGUUGACGAUUGACAAUCCAAUCUCGCAAUGCUCGGAAAAAUCUGAUACGCCCAAAACAAAAGCGAACGAACUUUCGUGGCAUUAACCGUCCAGUUCAGAACCAACAUCUCUCUCCUCACGUACAUAUAUCUCACAUACAUAUAUCCCACGCCGCUCAGUCACGACAUGUUCUGCCUCCGCAGUUGGAUCCCCAUCCUCUUCUUCCUCACCAACGCGUCCCCCCUCUACCUUAUCCUCUUCAUCAGCGCCACCUACGUCCUCAACCGCCCUUGCGUCUACUGCUCCCUCCUCCUCGCCAUCCUCGUCAUCUCCCUCUUCGACUUCCAUUCCAACUGGUUCGAACCGCGCUACGCCUCCUCCCCGUCGCCGGCCACCUCGUCCGUCGCCAGCGCUGCCCUGCAGAACCUCGCCCUGGAGACUGCGUCGCUCGUCGCGGAGGCGAUGAACGGCACCGCGGGCGCGAUGCUCGGCGCCGUGGUGGACGGCGUUAAACAGCGAAUGCAGCCGCAGGAGGCGAUGGGGGGUGGGGCGGGGGAGUUGAUACGCGCGGGAUCGAGCUGGACGAAGAAGGAGUGGAGAGUGCCGUGUAUUGAUGUAGUGGUACGGCUAUGAUGGCUCCAUACAUCGUCGGCGUCGAAUUGCAUUCUGAUCUUUGGGGAAAGGGUUGUAGAUGGUCUUUUUAGCGCAUAGAGCGGGUUGCUCGUUCGAUUCAUGAGGCGUCAGGCUUUCGAUGACUUCUGGGGUGGGCGGGCAGAGAGUGCAUGGUCAGAAGAGUACAUAUCGAAGCACUGCAAGAUACCCAUUUGGGACGGCGCCUCUAGUACAGCGUCAGGAGGCUUGAUUGCAUGUCGUAGGCGUAACGGGUCAGGCGUCUUGGCUAUUGUUGUAUAUUAUUCAUGGUCAACGGAGGUAUUGCCUCUGCUGCGGCUGGCUCCUAAGCAUGAAUAGGUAGCAUAGGAUCUAUCUACGACUUUCAACGCCGUUCAUCA